GGUACCUAACCCCUAGGCGGACGUCCACACCCAGAUCAAUGCCGCCCUUGUCUAACUCGCAUCCAUGCCUUCAACUCCCAUACACUCUUUCUCCCCUUCCUUACAUAGGCGAUACCAUACGCCUAUUCUCUAUACCUAUAACCCUAUAGGUGUGGUGAGUGAAAGACGCUUAGAGCAUCACAAAGCGAAGUUCAUUCUUCCGAUUGGUGCAUCUUUUUUUUCCUCUUGACUUUGAGGAAGCAAUCGCCUGCCAGUUUCAUGUCCUUCUGACUUCCUUGACGCCUCUGGCAUCCAGACGAGGUAUUCUGAGCCUGUUUGAGGGGCUUCUGCUCGAGGGGAUUCGCUUCAGGCCAUUCAGUCUCUACUGUCGCAGCCAUGCCUGAGGAUUCCACAGAUCCUGUGAAUGGCAUACUUAAUCCAGAAGCCUCUCACCAUCUCCCCUCUGACGCGAUGACGCGAAAACGACACCAGCCAGAAACGAAAAAACGCGCUAAUAUGACGAGCAAUCUUGCUGAAGAGAUAUCCCUGAAAACCACUGGGUUUAUUCAGUCUAGCAACCAUCGGGAUCUCCUGGAUAUCGUCGAUUCUCUCCGAUCUCAUGGCGUGAGCCACUACGUUGCCCUGCCGCAGAUCAUCGUGUGCGGCAGCCAGUCGUCGGGAAAGAGCUCGACGUUGGAAUCCCUCUCUGGCAUCGCCUUUCCCACUGCUGAGGGCCUCUGCACUCGUUUCGCCACCGAGUUGAUCCUCCGGCGGGGCGAGAGGCCCGAGAUCAAGGUCCAUAUUCAGCCCGGCGCAGACAGGACGGACGAGGAGAGGGCUCGGUUGUCGGGUUUCGCUGCGAAGACCAAAGACCAGGAUGACUUUCCCCAGAUCAUCGAGGCCGCCAAGGAGGCGAUGGGUCUUACCGGCAGCCAGGGCUCCAAGAUCUUCAGCAAGGACGUGUUGCGGAUCGAAAGCACGUCGCCGAACGCGCCGAACCUAACCAUCGUCGACUUGCCUGGCUUAUUUGGCGCCUCUGACAAGAAUCAGUCUGACGACGAUGCCGAUCUCGUCCAAAACUUAGUGGUGUCCUAUAUGCGCCAGCACCGCAGCAUAAUUCUCGCCGUCGUCGCAGCUGACCACCCGUUCGCCAACCAGCCAGUGACCAAGUUUGCUCGCGAGAUCGACCCUAGCGGCAUCCGGACACUCGGGCUCAUCACGAAGCCGGACAAAAUCGACCCGGGCACAGACCUGGAGAGAUACUACGUCGAGUUGGCACAGAAUCUCAACGUGUACCUGUAUCUCGGGUGGCAUGUCCUGCGCAACCGGAGCCACACCACAGCCAAGGACACGAUCGAGGAACGAGACGAGAGAGAGGCCCAAUUCUUUUCCAAUUCCGUCUGGACCACCCUCGAUUCGUCGCAGCUUGGCGUGGAGGCUUUGAGGGGGCGGCUGCGCAAUAUCCUCUGGAAGCAAAUCCAGACGGGCCUCCCAGGCGUCAAGACCGAUGUGCAAUCGGGGAUCAAGGAUUGCAGGACUAAGCUGGAACAGUUGGGUCAGGCGCGCAGCAGUUUGCGGGAAAAGCAUACCUACCUCCAACGAAUUAGUAGUCUCCUUAGCACACUGGUUAGGGCUGCCAUUGACGGGGUGUAUGCCAAUCAGUUCUUCGAGUCUCUACCUAACCAACAAGAUGCUUUCGUGAGAAGACUGCGCGCCCAUGUGCAGAAGAUUCUCGAUGAAUAUGCCAAAGAUAUGCGUGUCAACGGGCACACUCUGGAGAUUGUGGAAGACGAUUUGGAACCAACGAGGGCGUUGGCCAGGCAGUAUACCAUGAGGGCGGCUUAUCUAGAGACUGUGAAGACUCUGCUGAUUGAGUGCCGCGCCCGCGAGCUCCCAGGAACCUAUAAUCCCAUGGUCGUCGCGGACCUAUUCAGCAGACAGUGCAAGCCGUGGGAGUUCAUCACACAGAACCUGGUCGAGCAGAUACAUGAAGCCGCGGCCAGCCACUUCAACAAGAUCAUCUCCGAGAUCUGCGACGAAAAUACCCGAUCCCGCCUUAUGAAAUGGCAUAUCCAGCCGGCACUACAUCGUCUCCGACAGGAUCUCAAAGACAAAGUGGAUGAAUUGCUGGAGCCUCAUUUGUCAAUCCACCCCAUCACCUACAACGACUACCUAACCAAGCACGUACAGGAAAUUCAGACCCAGCGCCACGAUCGAAUGUUCGACAAAGUUGCUGCGGCAGCAUGCGGGUACACGACGAAGACCGCUCCAGCUCAGGCAAAUACCAACUUAUCUACACUUCUUACCUCGUUGCAGAAAGCGACUCGGCCUGAUGUUAGAGAGUACUCUGCCUCACUCGCAGCCGAUGUCGCCGCGGCAUACUACCAAGUACUUCGUCCCAGCACCUCUCGUUCUACCCGAACAUCAAGCUAUACCCGUCUAUAUGCUAACGUGCCACAGGUUGCGCUUAAGAAAUUCAUCGACGAUGUUAGCGUGAAUGCCAUCGAGACCUGCCUAAUCCAACGUCUCCCAGACGUGUUCUGUCCCGACGUCGUGUGGGACCUUUCUCAAGAGGAAGUUGAACGACUGGGGUCCGAAGAUGACAGGACUGUCGAGGAACGCGCUGAGUUGACGAAGAAGCUGAACGUCCUUGAAAAUGGUCUAAAGGAACUGGAUGCGUUCACGGCGCGAACCGGCAUCCACGCAGUCGCGAAAGAAUAGCUUUGGGCUGGCACGCGUAACCCUUACAGAGGCAUAUUAUCAGGAUUGGGACCUGGCUGUCCCGUGUAUAACCCGCCCUCCCUGUUGCAUCGCCCGAUCCAAGUCCGCUGGUAUGUAAGAGAUCUCUAGUCCGCAUGGCCCGCCAGACGCAUUAAUACAUGUCAGGUGCCUUGCCGCAGGUACCGUGACAUAGCAGCAG